CCGCCUUUUAAUACAUUUUCACUCGUCCACUAGAGCAAACAUUACGAAUUCAGUGAAAACCUUACGCAAAUAAACUGGUUUAAAGUGCAUGAAGCCUCGUUUCAGAAAUGUAGGCAAUUGGUCCACUCGGCAUCAAGGAAAGUGAAUUCCCUGUUACCUAUCGCAGAGCUGCAAUCAAACAUUCACCUCAUGGAUGCAUCAUAAGUGACUGCUGCAGACGGCGACGACGGCCAACUCUCAUUUUCACGGAUACCUUCGGAACGAAUGCAUCGUUUAUAACGACGACAACAAUUGCAUUGAUUUUCCCCUCUAUCAAUCAACCCAAAACCAAUAAAUAGCAAUUGAAUGCGAGAUAUGGGUGAAAAGCAGCCCGAGCCAGCGAAAGCAUUUUCCUCGAGAUGGCAAUCGCUGCGUGCCAAUCUGCCCCACGCGCUCUACAGGUACUGUGGUCACGAUCUGCAGAGUUUCCGUUCGUUUGAUGGAUUUAUGAGCCUGAUGUACCGCCCGACUGAUGCCGCGGCCCUCGGAGUGGCGCGGAUCCUGUUUGGCCUGAUGAUGCUGAUCGAUAUACCGGAGGAGCGUGGAGGAGGUGAUUUGGAUUUUCGCUGGGGUGACCCCAGCGGGUGCAAGUUUCCCCUUAUCAAUGGAAUGGAACCGAUGAGCUAUCCACGGAUGGGUAUCGUCUAUCUGGUGAUGUGGUUGGGUGCGUUGGGAAUCAUGCUGGGCUACCGGUUCCGGCUCAGUGGACUGAUGUUUGUGAUGAGUUAUUGGUAUGUCUUUUUGCUGGACAAAAGUGCUUGGAAUAAUCACAGUUACCUGUACGGAUUGCUCGGAACGAUCUUCUUGUUCACGGAAGCCAACAAAUGCUUCUCCCUGGACGCCUGUCAGAAUGCCGAUCCACAGUCGAAAACGGUACCCUUUUGGAACUAUUUCAUCCUGAAGUACCAAUUCUUCAUUCUAUAUUUCCUGGCCGGUUUGAAGAAGAUGUGCCCUGAAUGGCUCUCCGGCUAUGCCAUGACUAAUCUGAGCUACCAUUGGGUAUUUCUUCCAUUCAGAUUGCUGAUUGGCCCGCAGCUUACUGAUCUGCUGAUAAUUCACUGGUUCGGUUGCAUCUUCGACACUACGGUCGUGUUUUUCCUGGUAUAUGCCCCGACUCGUAAAAUAGCUACACUUUUUGCAUGUGCAUUCCAUCUGAUGAAUUCGCGACUGUUUCAUAUCGGAAUGUUUCCUUGGGUAUGUCUAACGCAACUUCCUCUGUACUACAGCGUCAGUUGGCCUCGGUUGGUAUGGAAAAAGUUAUCUUUCACCAGCAAUGGUGGAAGUGGCGAUAAAUCAAAGAAGACAUCGAAAAAUGCCAAUCAGCAAAGUGUUCCUGUUCCUUCCAGUCGUAAGAAAUUUACCAUGACAGCCUUGCUUUUCUACUGCGGAUUACAACUCUUCCUACCAUAUUCUCACUUCAUUACCAAGGGGUACAAUAACUGGACUAAUGGAUUGUACGGAUAUUCCUGGGAUAUGAUGGUACACGCUUGGGAUACCGUACUUACAUCCAUUAAAGUGGUAGACAACCACCAAAACCAUACCCUCUACUUACUUCCCUAUGCCUUUGUGGACAAUGACCGGUGGACCAAGCAUGCUGAUAUGGCUCAUCAGUUCGCCCACUGCAUAGACCGAAAUAUUCGCGCAGAGUACAGAGAGGAUCACCGGCCAUUCACCAACUUCUCCGUUUUCUUCGACAUAUGGUGUAGUAUGAAUGGUCGCUUUUUACAACGUAUCUUCAAUCCUGAGGUGGACAUUUUGACUGCUAGGUGGUCCCCUUUUGAACCCGUUGAUUGGCUACUACCUCUGCUUCACGAACUCACUGAGAUGCGUUCGAUGAUUGACAAAAUGACCCACGAGGUACACUCUUGGAGUAACACCUCCGAUGUUCUGUUUGUUGCUGAUUUUCCUGGAUUGACCCUAGAUAACUACAUAGUUCCCGAUAUGGACAACGUAACAUUAACCAUACUGGAAGGAAGCGUGAAAUACUGGCAUUCAACUGACACCAAGACAAAACAUCUCCGAAAAGGCCAAAGCCUUCCAAAUAUCCCACCAAUGUUCCACCAUGUGACAACCACAAGCGCAUCGCCCUCAUCCAUGCUCUACACGUACGUGAACAAAACGAUGAAAGCCGCUCCCACCGAGGACGAACUGGCCGAGCGAAGGCAAUCGAAACCGAUUCUUCCGUUGUGGAAAGAGUUCAACGGUAGGCUCGAAAACUACGUAAGAUUCUUUCAACACGUGGGUAAUUCAUUGCUGUAUGAAAUCUAUGGGGUUCCAAUGCCCCGGAGAGUGAGAAUUUCUCCGGAUGAAACCACGUGGACGGCAGAGUAAAAUAAAAUUGAUAACA